AUGGGAGACUGGUCGGCGGAAAGCACGGCAGCCGCACAAGAAGCCUCCUUCGUUUUAUGCAUCGCAUGUGAUGGGCGGCUGAGGGGCGUGGUGCUGUUCUGCCAUGGGUACGGGGAGACAUGCACUUACAUCUUCGAAGAUGUGGCGGUGAUGCUGGCAGCAGCAGGCUACGCACUAGUGGGAGUGGACUACGAAGGCCACGGGCUGUCAGCCGGUCGUCACGGAUACAUCCGCAGCUUCACUCGCCUGGCAGACGAUGUUAUUGAGUUUGCCAACCGGUUGAGAGCAAGCCCUAGAUUCGCCAAUCUGCCGUUUUUCCUCUAUGGGGAGUCCUUGGGAGGGGCGAUGGCGAUUCAAGUGUCGCGGCGGGACCCCACCCCUUGGAACGGAGCAGUGCUGGUUGCACCCAUGUGCAAGAUAUCUCAAGAAAUGACACCCCCUGCACCAGUCAUCUUCGUGCUCAAAUGCCUCUCAUUCAUCUUCCCCACCUGGAAACUGGUUCCUGUCAGCGCCAACCCUGACAACUGCUUUCAGGUUCCAGAGAAAAGGGAGAGAGCAGAGAAGCAUCCCUUUGCAUAUCAGGACAAGCCUCGCAUUGGCACGGCUCUUCAGCUGCUUCGAACCACCCAAGACAUUGGCACACACAUGGAAGAGGUCACAGUCCCUCUGCUCAUCCUGCACGGAGCAAAGGACAUGGUAACUGAUCCAGCAGCCAGCCAGGAGCUCUUUAUCCGCUCAGGGAGUGCCGACAAGGAGAUCAAAAUCUACGAGGGGUGCUGGCACGCCCUCACAUGCGGCGAGCCUGACGACGUCAUCGCCAGGGUGGUUGGGGAUAUUAUCGCCUGGCUAAAUGCCAGGAGCCUGCCGCCUGGUGCUGCGCCUCCCGGUGGUGUGGUGGACGGUGCUGUGCCGCCCGGGGUGGUUAAGGAGGGUGGUGGUGGAGGGGAGGUGGGGGAUGCUGCUGCAGGUGAUGAGAUGAGCUUGCCGCCCGGUGAUGUGCCGCCCGGUUUUGGGGUGGAUGGUGCUGUGCCGCCCGGUCUUGGGGUGGAUGGUGCUGUGCCGCCCGGGGUGGUAAAGGCGGGAGGUGGAGGGGAGGUAGGGUAUGCUGCUGCAGAUGAUGAGAUGUCGAGCAGCAGCACCGCUGCAACCAGGAGGAGAAGGCGGAACAAAAGAGCAGGAGGAGAGAGGAAAAGGGCCGAAAAGGCCGAGCGAGAGGGAGGAGGGGGGCUGGGAGGGGACGUGGAAGGCGGGGUGGCAGCAGGGGGAGCUGGUGACUGGGGAGCGGGAUUAGGAAGUGGUGGUGGUGCUGGUGGUGCAGGGGAUGAUGCUGGGGAUGGUAGCGGGGAUGGUGGAGGGGACCCCCCAGUUGUGGGGGAGUUUGGUGGGGUGCCUGUGGAUGGUGCUGGUGCUGGUGUUGGCGCAGGGGGGCUGGUGGGGGAGUGCACAGCUGGUGUGGGAGUGCACAGCUGGUGUGGGAGUGCACAGCUGGUGUGGGAGUGCACAGCUGGUGUGGGAGUGCACAGCUGGUGUGGGAGUGCACAGCUGGUGUGGGAGUGCACAGCUGGUGUGGGAGUGCACAGCUGGUGUGGGAGUGCACAGCUGGUGUGGGAGUGCACAGCUGGUGUGGGAGUGCACAGCUGGUGUGGGAGUGCACAGCUGGUGUGGGAGUGCACAGCUGGUGUGGGAGUGCACAGCUGGUGUGGGAGUGCACAGCUGGUGUGGGACUGGUGUGGGAGUGCACAGCUGGUGUGGGAGUGCACAGCUGGUGUGGGAGUGCACAGCUGGUGUGGGAGUGCACAGCUGGUGUGGGAGUGCACAGCUGGUGUGGGAGUGCACAGCUGGUGUGGGAGUGCACAGCUGGUGUGGGAGUGCACAGCUGGUGUGGGAGUGCACAGCUGGUGUGGGAGUGCACAGCUUGUGUGGGAGUGCACAGCUGAUGUGGGAGUGCACAGCUGGUUUAGGAGUGCACAGCUGGUGUGGGAGUGCACAGCUGGUGUGGGAGUGCACAGCUGGUGUGGGAGUGCACAGCUGGUGUGGGAGUGCACAGCUGGUGUGGGAGUGCACAGCUGGUGUGGGAGUGCACAGCUGGUGUGGGAGUGCACAGCUGGUGUGGGAGUGCACAGCUGGUGUGGGAGUGCACAGCUGGUGUGGGAGUGCACAGCUGGUUUAGGAGUGCACAGCUGGUGUGGGAGUGCACAGCUGGUGUGGGAGUGCACAGCUGGUGUGGGAGUGCACAGCUGGUGUGGGAGUGCACAGCUGGUGUGGGAGUGCACAGCUGGUGUGGGAGUGCACAGCUGGUGUGGGAGUGCACAGCUGGUGUGGGAGUGCACAGCUGGUUUAGGAGUGCACAGCUGGUGUGGGAGAGCACAGCUGGUGUGGGAGUGCACAGCUGGUGUGGGAGUGCACAGCUGGUGUGGGAGUGCACAGCUGGUUUAG